AUGUCUCAAUUCGACCAGAUGCCCCCUAUGGGCCUCGAUGGUGGCCGUGGGCUCAUGCAUCCCACUCAGUUCUACCGUCUGGCGCGAAGGCAGUCCAACCGCAUCUCCAAAGUCUCCAGCACUGGAAACAGCCCGCGUAAAGGCACGCUAGAAGAUGCUCUAAUUCACUCUCAGAGACGCUUCUCUACCCAUAGUGACGGGCUAGCUGAGAGCUUCUAUGCUGCCCUUCAGAAAGCGACUGCAUCGAACUGCCUGUCAACCUCCUUUAGGCCUACAAGCCAGUCGUCUCGUCAGACUCAAACCCCCCGAAGCUCUAAGCGGCAUUCAACCAACUCUCAGACUUUCUCUGCACCCGGUACUUUCGUUCACUCCAGGACGUUUCCGGCUCAGCAACAACCAGAAACGGUGUCUCGACACUCGUCUUUCAGCGAUUACGUCUUGCCACCACGACCUCUAAGCUAUCAAGAGCCUGAGUGCGACUGGCCAACUUAUCUCCCGAUAGUAUCUUCGGAUGCCAUCUACCCUGAGCUCAGUUAUUCACCACAAUACGAAACACCACGAUACAACAAGACAUCGGCGUCUUGCGACACCACCGCAUUGUCCUCACCAGAACUAUUCCCAUACCAGCAAAUUCCCGAGCCGAAAACCCCUCCCACAUAUGCCUUGGAUACCAAGAAGGCAGAUGAGGUUCUAAUGGGAGUCGGGCUGUACGAUGAGCCGGAUUGUUCAUGGGGAGAUUCUUCAACGGCUGGCCGGUUUCGAGAUAGCCUGAUCAAUGCUCCUCCACCAAAACCCUCGUUGAGUGGAAAAGGGUUGAAGCUCGAAGAGACUUUCAGCCCGCCGCCCAUGGAAGACGACAAUGGGGACGAUGACAGCGACGACGGUAACGACCAGUCAUGA